AUGGUUAACCAAAGCUCCACACAGGGCUUCCUCCUUCUGGGCUUCUCUGAACACCCAGCACUGGAAAGGACUCUCUUCGUGGUUGUCUUCACUUCCUACCUCCUAACCCUAGUGGGCAACACACUCAUCAUCCUGCUGUCUGUGCUGGACCCCAAGCUCCACUCUCCAAUGUACUUUUUCCUCUCCAACCUCUCCUUCUUGGACCUCUGUUUCACCACGAGUUGUGUCCCCCAAAUGCUGGUCAACCUCUGGGGCCCAAAGAAGACCAUCAGCUUCCUGGGCUGCUCUGUCCAGCUCUUCAUCUUCCUGUCCCUGGGGACCACUGAGUGCAUCCUCCUGACAGUGAUGGCCUUUGACCGAUACGUGGCUGUCUGCCAGCCCCUCCACUAUGCCACCAUCAUCCACCCCCGCCUGUGCUGGCAGCUGGCAUCUGUGGCCUGGGUCAUUGGGCUAGUGGAGUCAGUGGUCCAGACACCAUCCACCCUGCGCCUGCCCUUCUGCCCCCAUCGGCAAGUGGAUGAUUUUGUCUGUGAGGUCCCAGCUUUAAUUCGACUCUCCUGUGGGGACACCUCCUACAAUGAGAUCCAGAUGGCUGUUGCCAGUGUCUUCAUCUUGGUUAUGCCUCUCAGCCUCAUCCUUGUCUCUUAUGGAGCCAUUACCCAGGCAGUGCUGAGGAUUAACUCUGCAAAAGGGCAGAGGAAAGCUUUUGGGACCUGCUCCUCCCAUCUCACUGUGGUCACCCUCUUCUACAGCUCAGUCAUUGCUGUCUACCUCCAGCCCAAAAAUCCCUAUGCCCAAGAGAGGGGCAAGUUCUUUGGUCUCUUCUAUGCAGUGGGCACUCCUUCACUUAACCCUCUCAUAUACACCCUGAGGAACAAGGAGGUAACCAGGGCAUUCAGGAGAUUGCUGGGGAAGGAAAUGGGGCUCACACAAAGCUCAGGGAGAGCUGCUUAA